AACGAAUAGAGCAUUCCUUCAUAUUUUGGAGGGUUUGAACUAUUAUUAGAAAUGAUAGAAAUAAAAUGGCGAAAGGAAUGAAAUCACUAAACAUUCAACUAAAUUAUAGUGCAAAAUUCAUUCCAUUCCCUACAUCGUCAUUCACACCAACCAAACACCGACUUUCAAAAUUUUUGCUGGUUCACAAUUGCUAACUAUAGAAUUGCUGGAAUGUUUACAGGCUUCCACUAGAGGAUUGUAUCCCUGACGAGGAGGUGCAAAUUAUCUGUUACAAUGGCAUAGCUGGUAAUUUGUUACAAUGGCAUAGCUUGUAAUGUGAGAAUCGCUAUAUUCUGCCGUGACAAGAUGCCAUCAUCCAUAUCAUAAAACUUCUAAUUAUACAUUCAAACUCCAUUUUUUUCUUAAGGGCAAAAAUUUAGUAGUCUCCGCAACUAUUACAACAGUGAGGGCCCUGAGAUGCAAUCGAACAACUGCCAGACUCGUUUUCAAACCUGCUUAAAUUGAGAUCUCUGAAUCUGACUGGAUGUUCAGAGCUGAAGAGAUUGCCUGAGCAGUUGGGGAAGAUGCAGUGUCUAGAAUCGCUAGAUGCAUCUUCUACAGCAAUUAAAGAAUUACCGGAUUCCAUUGGAUCACUGCCUAGCAUAAAUUUUUUGAAAUUUGGUGAAUGUAAGAAGCUUACAUAUGUUCCAAAAAGCAUCUGCAAUCUUAAAUCACUUAAAUAUUUAGAUAUGUUCAUCAGUGAGGACAUAAUAAAAAUUGAGUUGUUUGAGGGUGUGAAUGAUAUGAACUUGGAGGAGCUGAGUCUGAGUUGUAAUAUAAGAGUUGGUUUGCCCAUGAUUCUAAGCUUCUCUUCUCUGAGAUCAUUACAUCUCCGUGACGAGUGCGGAAGUCCUUCACCAACCAAACCCUUUAGUUUCUUUCAGCUUUUCAACUUUAAAGAACUUUGGUUGACUGACUGUACAAGUCAUGGGUCCUGCUUUCCCGAACUACCACCGAAUUUAGAAUGGUUGUAUGUAGAAAACCACGCUUCACUGGAACAAGUACCUGAUUUGUCCUACCUCAAACACUUGAAGAUUAUGGACAUAAUGAGAUGCUGCAGCCUUCAAUCUCUCCACAAACUUCCACCUCAUCUUCUACAACUUACAGUUGAGGAUUGUACAAGCCUACAAGACUUUCCAGAUCUGUCGGAGUUGAGAGAUUUAAUGUAUCUGACAGUUUUGCGCAACGGCAGCAAUUUAAAAGUCAGUUUAGAGGAGAAUCACCUUCAGCUAACAGAAGAUAACGAUACAUUUCUAGCAACUGUACCCAACAAGGAAAUAGCAGAGUGGUUCGACUAUAAAAACAGGGAAGGCUGCACACUAUCUUUUCAUGUUCCCCCAAACUUGGGAGAUAACUUCCUGGGUCUCGCCUUCUGGGUCGUUCGUAAAGGAUUCUCACACAUUGAAGCUGUUAUUACAAAUAAAACAGAGGAUACGACGACAACUACCCUGCUUAAUACUUCUAAUUAUGGUAGAAUGGGUGUUGACUUGGAGUUGGAAUCAGCUAUCCUUUGCAUAAGGUCAGAUGACUUCUCAAUAAAGAAGGGAGACAAAAUUAUGAUUUCUUUCGAGGUGGACUCUUUCUCUGAUACAGAACUGAAAAUGUGCGCCGCUCACGUACUAAAACGCCCUUCCAAGAAGAGCCUUUCAUGAUAGCCAAAAGAAAUGUAAUAUAAUUUAUUUUUUAGGAAAAUGUUGUAUAAUUACAAAGCUUGAAAAUAUGUUCAAGUAUUUGUAAAAUUUAGCGACUAUUAGAUUUAUUAUUAAAACGUGCUUUAACAAUUCAAUUUAAAUUU